GCCAGAGCGCCCCGGCCGGGCAGCCGGGGCUGCCACUUCUGUCCCCGCCCUGGGCGCCACCGCCGCCCGCGCUCGGGCUCCCUCGCUCCUCUGGCUGCCCGGCCACGUCCUCCUCUGCCUGCCGCCCGAGGGACCAUGUCCGCGCUCAGCUGGGGAUACGGCGAGCACAACGGUCCUAUUCAUUGGAAUGAACUUUUCCCUAUUGCUGAUGGAGAUCAGCAAUCUCCGAUUGAGAUUAAAACCAAAGAAGUGAAAUACGACUCUACUCUCCGACCCCUUACUAUCAAGUAUGACCCGAGCUCAGCUAAAAUCAUCAGUAAUAGUGGCCAUUCCUUCAGCGUUGGCUUUGAUGACACAGAGGACAAAUCAGUUCUGCGUGGGGGUCCUCUCACUGGAAGCUACAGGUUACGACAGUUUCAUCUUCACUGGGGGUCCGCUGAUGAUCAUGGCUCUGAACACGUGGUGGACGGAGUGAGGUAUGCCGCAGAGCUCCAUGUUGUCCAUUGGAAUUCAGACAAAUACCCCAGCUUUGUGGAGGCAGCUCAUGAACCAGAUGGACUAGCUGUCUUGGCGGUGUUUCUACAGAUUGGUGAACACAAUUCCCAACUGCAAAAGAUUACUGACAGUUUGGAUUCCAUUAAAGAAAAGGGUAAACAAACUCGAUUCACGAAUUUUGACCCAUUGUCUCUGCUUCCUCCCUCCUGGGACUACUGGACAUAUCCCGGUUCCCUGACGGUCGCACCUCUUCUUGAGAGCGUCACGUGGAUCAUUUUAAAACAACCUAUAAGCAUCAGCUCUCAGCAGCUGGCCAAAUUCCGCACCCUCCUGUGUACGGCCGAGGGGGAAACAGCAGCUUUUUUGUUGAGCAAUCACCGUCCACCACAGCCUCUGAAGGGCCGAAAAGUGAGAGCCUCUUUCCAUUAAAAGUUGUCACUGGUAGACCGCCCAAACACGUCUGCAGAGAGAAAACGAAUCAAAACAAAACACACAAAUCCCUAACGAUUCUUUCCUAAGAUUCUAAUUUACGGGUACCAUUUGCUGUCAGCUUCAGCAACGCAAAGAAAAUCUGAUCUCUUGAAUCAAACUAACUUAAUUUACCUGUCUCAGAUUUGCUCUUGUGGGUAUUCAAGCAGUAAACAUUGUUUGAUGUGUAUUCAAACCCAUGAAAUACGUCUUCUUGAACCUGCGUGAAAACACGGCCAGCAUUACAAACCUCAGACUGUAUUAAAAAUUUUCCCUUGCCAUAGGGACUGAAUCAGUCGCGUCUUUCUGUGAGAGUUGGUGAAAAACUUAAAUUCAUUUCCAGAAUGAUAGGAUUGUAAUGCCUUUUUCUGAACAAGUGAUUCUGCUUAAUGACUUGAUAUCAUUCCAAUUCAUAGAAUAUUUUUAUAGAUGAUAUUUGAUUAUCUAUAGAUAAUAUAUUUCCUUUUAGAGUGAAUUUUUGUUUUGAUUGUGUUGCAGAUUCUCAUUGCAUGAUACCUUUAAUAAAAUGAACAAUGUGAGAGUUAUGGGGGGUGCGAUAUAGGUACUUAAAGUGUCUACUCCCUAACUCAAAAAUAACCCAUACAGUUUUGGUGAGGAAUUCCUCAGGGUAUAAACAGCUAUUUAAACUUUAAAGAAUUAUGCUAUAUAUCACAUUUACUUGGUAAUGUUAACGAUAAACUGGCUAAUAACUGAUCAGAUGCAAUGCUUGCCAAUGUAUGGCAUUGACGUGGUUUGAAACUAACAGAUUACAAGAUGCCAGAGGAUGCAAAGCUGCCCAAGGGCGUGAACGGGUUGCCUACUUUUGUCCUGUGUUUUGACAACAGAGCAGGAGCAAUUUUGUGCUGUUCAUUGCUCUGUCAGCUGACGGGAAAAAGUUACCUAAGUCUUAUAGAAAUAUACAAUCAGUCGACAAACUCUUCUACCUAUUUUCAUGGCAAAGCCCAUCUUCCCCUUUAUACACAUCCCUCAGUCUCUCAAGUAAUUUUGAAAGUUGGCUCUUUAUAUUCAUUUUAACCUAUUAUCUCUCGUAUAUUUUUGUGUGUUUGUUUUUGGUGAAGGAGGAUGGGAUAGGUCCUUUUGUUCUUUCUGGUGCCAAUGGAAUGACACUAAGCAUUGACUUUAUAACCACAUUUAAGACUUGAACACAUGCUGCACUUCUGUCGUCUUCUGAGAGAAGUUUAACUGGGUUUCCUUGAUUUUGAUGAUUUGCUUCAGACACAUCGCUUCCUCUGGAUGUAGAUUUUAAUAAUUGAAAUUGAUCUGUAACAGUCUUCUUGAUAGGAUGACUGAGUAUCAGUAAAUUGUGUAAUAAUGGUGUGUAUGUUUGCACAAGAUGGGCUCCUGAAGGUUGAGGCUGACACCUUGGUCAUUUUUGUUUUCCCCUCGCAGUAUCUAGCUUGAGGCCUUGCAAGAGAUUGACACGUUGUUAAUAUUUAGUGAAUGGAAUAUUUUUUUAAAAAUUUUAUUUGAUAGCUUUGUAAUUAUCUUGCUGUUUGUGAUCAAAUGUACUAUAAGUUAAUGUAACAAGUAAGAUAUAAGUUAUCCCUUGAAAAUUGUUUCUUCUUAAAGGAAUACUUGUUAAAUCUACCUGUGUAACUGAAAGUUCUAAUGGUUUUAAAAAUACCAGUGUUGAAUGGGAAGGUGUUUCUUUUUUUUGGAAAGAUAUGUUGUGAAGUAUCAUAGUCAGAGGAAGAAGUCUGUUUUCUUGGAGAACAUUAAGUUACUGUAUCUGGAGGGGAGCGUAGGUGGGGAUUCUCAUUACUGUGUGUGAGAGUUACCAUGUCGUAAUUUACAGUUUCUGCUACAGUAUUGCAUCAGAUCUGUGCUCCACGUUGGACUUUAGUAGACCGAAAAAGGCCACACAGCACUGAUUUCCUUAAAGAUUGUCUGCACGUUUAUUUAUCUCUUAGAGGCGAAAGGUCUAAAUGUGUUAAAGUUGUUAUCUUUGGACAAGAUUGAAGAGUGAUAAAUCCUAGAAUGGAUUUCUCUUGUGUCACUCAAUAUGUAUUGGGUUUAUGUUUGUUAAACAUUUUGUAUUUUAAUUUAAAUUGGAUUCAACCACAAUAAAGAAAAUGAGACAAACUUUGAA